UCUCCAUCUCCCCUCCUCCCACUCUCGCAUGUGUGCACGUGGCUGCAGUGAAUCGUCUCGUCUCCUGGGUGUAGCUCAGAUGCUGCAGUGCAUGGAGGAGAAGGGCAGGACUGCUGCUGCUGCUGCUGCUGCUGCUAACGCUACCGCUGUGUAGAAUAUGAAACAAGAUGGUUCAUCAAGAGAAAUGCAUUUACCAGGCCCAGAGAAUCGAGCGAGAGUCUAUAAGGCAGAAGCUGGCUUUGGGCAGUUUCUAUGACGACGGGCCUGUCAUCUUCACGGGCUGCAGCAAGAGCUCUCUAUCCUCACGGCAGCAGAAUGGGGUGCAGAUGCAGAUGUGUUUUGUGAAUGACAGCAGUAGUGAUAAGGACAGUGAUGCAGAGGACAGCAGAACAGAGACGAGCCUGGACACACCUCUCUCACCUGUGAGCAAGCAGAGCUCCUCUCUGUCGGACCGGGACACAGGCGGCGAGGAGGAUCUGGACCCGCUGGAGGACAGUGAGUUCUGGCGGCUGCAGCGGCGGCUCCAGGAGGAGGCCCGGGUGGCGCUGGCGCUGGCCAGGCCCAUGGCACGCAUGCAGGUGGAGGUGGAGAGGCACAUCCAGCUGCACCGCCGGUCCCCCGUCGCACACUUGCUGCCCCAUCUGGCCCACAUCAGUGAGAGUCUGAUGAAGAGGAGCCUGAGGCCAGGGGACCUGAGAGACAUGAGCCUGGGGCAGCUACAGGUCAUCACCAACAACCUGCACUCACAGAUACAGAGCCUGAAUGAGGAGCUUGUGCAGCUGCUGGUCCUGAGAGAUGAGCUGCAUGUGGAGCAGGACGCCAUGCUAGUGGACGUGGAGGAUAUGACCAGACAUGCACAGCAGAGACACGUGACAGAGAAGGCCCUCUCCAAGUGAGACGUCCCCAGCUCCCCAUGCGCCCUCACACACACCUACCUAUCCCGGAUACUGGAUGAAGGAUGCACACCCUCAUGCAUAAGUAGUGCCAGCUGUCAUGUCACUGAAGAUGUCUAAUAGCUCAGUCCUUGCACAUGUCAAAAAUACUGUAUAGUGUGGAGUGUAUUAUUAAACGCGAGCACCAUACGCUUUCAUGCAUGUCUGCACUGUGGCUGACCACUGUGCUCAGUCCAACGUCUUGUGAUAUUUAGAUACACAGUCAGUGGGUUGUUGAUGAGUCUCUAGAUAUUUGCAGAUGGUGAGGUAUGCUCAGAGAGGAGAUGUCGUAAGGCAUAGGCCUGUGGUAUGCUGAGGUAGGUCUGGGCCCUAAUAGGCUACUACAAAGCUGAUUCAGGAGUAAAACAGGUAAAUCAUCAAAUAGAGGAUCCUGGAGUCCUCAUUUUCGAACUCAGGCUCCUCUAUUAGAUGAUUUACCUCUUAACUUAACCUGGUUUACUCCUGAACCAGCUUUAUAGUAUAGGCCCCUGUUGUCCACCUACUCUCAGACAUGACAACAGAUAACAAACAUUACCGUAUCGCCAAGGCCCAAUAGAAAUGAGGUAUAAACACAUUUUGGGAAAAGGGUAUUAAAAUAUUUAUGUCCAGUGCCAGUUAUACGUUUGUAUGCAGUAAAGAGUGUCAAUAUUUAUUUUAAUUGCCAAGUGGAGGAAUAUUAUUUGAUAUGCAGUACCUCACAGUACUUUAUUAUUGUCAUAUUGACUCGCAUAGAAAAUUGUCUAAUCACUCAUUAUUUAAAUUGCAGGCUAUUUUUUGGUGUGCUCUAUUUUUAAUUCAUCAUUUUAUUUGGUUAUGAAGUGAGAUACCAUAACUGAUGAUGAAGAAUCGCUAAAUAAAUGGCUUUGGUCCAAAGUAUAAACACUA